GCCUGCAGUUGUCAGACCAUGCCCAGGACAACAUCUGAUAGUGUGGUGGAAGCCUUGGAGGGCUGUCCUAGAGCCAGCAGAGGGGCUUUUAGAGGAGGCCACAACUCAGAGGGGACCGCAACCCCUAUGCAAUGCUGAGGUUAGUCUGGGGAGAGCAGAGGCACGUGCCAGUACUGUGUCGUCUUUGGGGGUGUGUGUGCAUUUUUCCAUGCACAUGUGUUUCUUUUUUUUGAGAAAAAAGUAGAGUGCCCUGGCGUCACAGCUCACAGCAACCUCAAACUCUUGAGCUUAAGCAAUUCUCUUACCUCAACCUCUCAAGUAGCUAUGACUACAGGCACCCGUCACAACACCCGGCUAUUUUUGUUGUUGUUGCAGUUGUCAUUGUUGUUUAGCAGGCCCGAGCCAGGCUUGAACCCGCCAGCCUGGGUGUAUGUGACUGGUGCUCUACUCACUGAGCUACAGACGCUGAGCCCACCCACAAAUGUGUUUCUGAGAGCCUCAGUACCUUGGGUAUUCUGAGGUGCUCUGUGUGUGGGCAGGUGCACAGUCCAGGUGUACAUUUUCAGGUGUAUAAUGAGCCUCAUGCCCACAGCAGCUCAGGGGGAGGAGCUAUGGCUGGGUGAAGACUUUCACUGCCCAGGACAAUCUAACCAGCUACAGAGAUGCAGGGAUACAGUACCUUGGGUCAGGGCAGAGGAAAGUCUAACCUGGAGGCUAAAGCUCCUUUCCAUCACCUCCCCCACCCCCAGGACACCCCACACCGGCAUUAGAGGAGAGCCCAGCACAGGAUCAGCUGCUUUCUCUCAGUCCUGAUGCAGCCACUUUGCAGGCAGGACAGAGUAGGCAGGGCAGCUUGGGCCCCACUGCAGUGUCACACUGCCCACCCCUGCCCAAACCCAACAGACUGUGGCUGGACGGCUGGGGAUGCUGGCGCCCAGAGCUCCAUCCUCUGGAAGCAUCCCUCCCUGGACCCUGACACCCCCCGCCUGACCCAUCCAUCUCCCCGCGGCCACGGCUGCCACACUGCCUCCUGGUAUUGAGCAGUGAGAUGAGAAGAUCAAAGGUGUGUGCAUGCAUGUCAGGAGCCAACAGAACUCCAGGCUGGCCUGCUGCUGGGAGUCUCUGCUAACAAGGAGCCACCAAUACUGGUCAGAUUCCCAGCCCCUUCAUCACUUGCCCAUCCCAAUUUCCCACCUACCACACUGUGAGUCCUGGGACAGUGGUGGCAUGGCCAUAUCUCCCUGGGUUACUCUAGGAGCUGUGGAGCCCCUCCAUCUCAUGUAGAGUAUCCCCAUCUUGCCUGGCAGCAACCCCCAGAGCUGAUAGCAGCCUUUCCCCACACAGCUGGGCAUGGGUCUGUGCUGGGGGUUGGCCUUCCUUCCUUCCCAUGGCCCUGGUGCCAGCCCACCCUCUCCCCGUGGGAUCCCGGCCAGCUCUGCAGGCUGCAGUCUGGUACAUAGGGGACUGAGCCACAGAUAACCCAAGGCUGCAGGGACAAGGUCUGCUCCGGCACAAGGACCCAGGAGGGCCCAAGGGCCACACUCAGAGAGAAGCAGCCCCUCCCACCCAACGUCCCCAGCACAGGGCUCUGGAAAAGAUGAAGGUAGUCUCACUGGCUUAGAGGAUACCUGGCCCAGGCUAGGGGCUCUGGUCUGGAAGAUAGCCAGGGUGCUCCUUCCCAGAUGGGGCUGACCUGUGGUGGUCCAGCCAGAUGGCCCCUUUGGCAAGGGUCAGAUGGCCAAAGGCACUCUCAGCCAAGGGGCAGCAGCAGCUGAGGGGGCGCUCCACUCCUCUGCCUUCUUGACCAGGGAUCAAGGUGUCGCUCAUGUGCCCAGCCCCAGGACAGGCUGGGGCAACCUGCAGAAGGUGCUCAGUCAGGCUGGAGAGACGGGAAAGACCCACAGGCAGAGUGGACACUCACCUCUGACCUGGGCCAGCCUCGGGGUUUCCACCCGCAGCCGUGCACUGCUCCCAGCUCUGGGCUGUGCUAGACCAUUCCAGGCAGAAGAGAUUAUGCACUUAGGCCAGUUGUGGAAACUGAGGCACAGAGACUGUAGGGACCUGCCAGUGUCAUUAUAGAGCUCAGGGAUGAGCUGUUGGGAGGAUCUGGGCUUCUGUUGCCCAGUCAGGGGGCUCUGCACUGAAGGCAACACUUGCUGCUGGCCCCUCGUGUUCCCAGCUUCACACCAGCUGCACCCUCCCGCCCCCCAGGCUGCCUGGGUCAGGGGUCCAAGUUCCGGUGAGGGGACAUUGCCUCCGCCAUUCAGCCCCGGAUCUGCUGCCUUCCAACCUCCCCAAGGCCUCGUGGGCCCAGGCCCUCCAGUCAACCAGGCUGGGGGCCCCUCUGGACACUUCACCCCCAUCCCCCACUCCCCUCACCCCCUGCCUGGGCCCAUUGAUCUGAUUGGGAAUGGCCUGGGGCUCUGAGCUGGAGAGGGAGGGACAUACAGAUGGAGGGUGAGGAGGGAGGAGAGGGAAGCUUUCCACCUGCCCUCCUCCCAUGCAGCACCCACCCCUGGAGCUGAUCCAGUCCAGGAGGUGGCCUCAAAACAGCACAGUCUGAGAGUGGCUUGGAGAAGGGGACCUGCAGACGCCAGGGCCAGCAUCCACCUGCAGAGACCAGGUGUCCUGCUUAAGUGGGAAAACCACGACCUGGGAAUGUGGAUAGACGGUGAUCAAGGAGGCAAGGACAGUCCUGCUAAGAGCCUGGGUACUGCGUGAGGUCUCGGGUCUCACUUGUGGUGCUGAGCGGACCAGGAGACCCGGAGAGGAGACAACCCCUCCUGGCAGGUGGGGUCCCCUGGCUGGCAGCCACAGCCCAGCCCCAGCUGAACCGUAUUUCUCCAGGAGCUGGACAUCCUGUCUGUCUCCAUGGCAGGCUUCCUGUCUGCCAGCUUUGGUGUACUUAUCCCUUCAGAGACCUGCACUCUGCCCAUGGCCAGCUCCAGCUGGGAGCCCCCACUGGGGACCAUGUUCCCAUCAGGCCCUUGUACCAGCUCCACUGGGACCCACACUGUGACCGGGCCCAGUGGGCAGUGCCCCAAGAACCCACAUGUGUCCAAUGUGACAGUUCAGCUGGAGAUGAGGCCUCUCUGGGAGGAAUUCAACCAGCUGGGAACGGAGAUGAUUGUCACCAAGGCGGGCAGGAGGAUGUUCCCCACUUUCCAGGUGAAGAUCCUGGGCAUGGACACGCUGGCUGACUACGCCCUGCUCAUGGACUUCAUCCCACUGGACGACAAGAGAUACAGGUAUGCUUUCCACAGCUCGGCCUGGCUGGUGGCAGGCAAGGCGGACCCGGCCACACCCGGCCGCGUGCACUUCCACCCUGACUCACCAGCCAAGGGUGCCCAGUGGAUGCGCCAGAUCGUGUCCUUCGAUAAGCUCAAGCUGACCAACAACCUGCUGGAUGACAAUGGCCACAUCAUUCUCAACUCCAUGCACCGCUACCAGCCCCGUUUCCAUGUGGUAUUCGUGGAUCCUCGCAAGGACAGUGAACGCUAUGCCCAGGAGAACUUCAAGUCCUUCAUCUUCACAGAGACCCAGUUCACAGCAGUGACAGCAUAUCAGAACCACCGGAUCACCCAGCUGAAAAUCGCCAGCAACCCUUUUGCCAAGGGCUUUAGAGAGAAUGACCUGGACUCCUGGUCUGUGACCCCACGGCCCCUGCUUGGUGUCCCAGCCCGGAGUCGCAGCAGCCUCAGUCCUUGUCUCCUGAAGAGUGCUACAGAGAGGGAGAAAGGCCUCAACAGGGCUUCAGAUUCUACCUCCAUGACCCCUCCCCAGCUCCACCAUCAGCUGCUGCCCCCACCCGAGGCUCUGUUGGCCACAGCCACCUACAGGUCCCUCACCUACCAGGGUCUGUACCCUGGAGCCCCAAGACAUCUGGGCAUCCCAAGGGCCCGACCGGUACCAUACCCCGUCCCCAACAUCCAGGCUAACAGGGAUGAAGGAGGCCUGCCUCUCCCCGAUGGGCUGGGAUCUCCCACAACUGUGUGCCUAAGACAUGACCAAGACUCAGUAAUGGCGGAAGCCCUGUAGAAG